AUGAUUGACAAUGCUAUUUAUUCUGAAUUAGAAUUGUCUACUGCACUUUGAGCCCCGGAGAACUACCGGCCACAGCAAAAGGCUUCUUCCUCCAGGCUCUCUCUGUCUUGCCAGAUGGCAACAGCUUUUGGGUUUCUGAGUACCAUUCUUGUGAGUAUGCUGCUGUUCAAAUGGAUUGUAUGCCGGAGUUCCAGUUACUCCGCUUGUGCCAGCUGUCCUAGCUGUCCAGUUCGGACGCGGUAUGGUGAUCACUGUUAUUACUUCUCGGUGGAGAAGGACUGGAAUUCUAGUCUGCAAUCCUGCUUAGCCAAAGACUCACAGCUCCUUAUAUUUACAGACAACCAGGAAAUGAACAUGCUCAAAAGUUUCUUCAAUAAGGAGUUUUAUUGGGUUGGUCUGAGGAACAAUUCUGGUUGGAGGUGGGAAGAUGGAUCGACUCUAAACUAAAGAAUUCUUUCAAACAGUGUGGUACAAAAGUGUGGCAUCAACAUAUAUGGUCUCCGGGCCUCUAGCUGUGAACUUCUCUUCCUAUGGGUCUGUAAGAAGUGACCCUUUGCAGAUAAAGCUUUAUUCUAA